AUGGGAGUGCCUUGGUCGCGCAAGCUUAUGUGGGAUGAGACCAUGUUGCUAACGGUUUCCAUCAUGAUAACAAUCUUGGCUUCUACCUCCUUGAAUUACUUUUCCGUCUCCUCUUGUUGCCUUAGGAUACGAGAUCUAAGAUCUCUUUGCUUUAGCAUGAGGGCAUGGAGACCUUCAUCUAUUGGAGGUGGUGGAAGAGAGCGUUCAUUGUUUGAUGGAAGGGUGAUUGAUGCAUUAGUUAACCUCUUCUAUUGUUCUAUUAUAUCUGCAGAGACACUGUGGGAUGGUGGUUGGCUUCUACGCCAGUUGUUUUCUUACAGUGAGUCAGAGUUUAACAACAACUACCUUGAAUUGCUGAAAGUUUCAUACAAUAGUUGUGCUUCUGCUCUUAUGGAGGAGGCUAGAGGUAUUUGGUCCGACUUUCUUGUUACUGUUCUCUGUGAAGAGUGGAGAAAGUGUAAAAGAGCAAUGGAGUCAUCAUCUCCUCGGAAAGAAUGGACUUGCAUGCUUUUGCCACCACACAAGCUCUCUUCUGAAGUUGAUGUUCCAGAUGAAUCAUCAUUUGUUGCCGGAGAAAGAAUGCUUGAGUUGGUGAAGGUAUUUGUACUGCAACAUCAACUUCAAAUAUUCGCUCUUGGUAAACCUUUACCUGAACAACCUCCAAUUCAUCUUCCUGGGGAUCUCCCUGUGAAUCAUCGUGCCAAGACUUGUGGGCUUGAUGUGUCGGGCCCAAAGCCAGGCAUUGAACUCAGCCUUGGUAAUUUGUCCGAAACUGCAAUCCUGUAUUCUUUCCACUGAUUUUACUUAAGGUUUUUACUCGGUGUAGGAUGGAUAGAACAAUAAAGGAAGGAUGAAGAUAAUUAGGAGAGGGAGAUAAGGAAAACAGAGGAAGGACAUCUCAGUGGUAAUCUUAGUUGCAAGUAGAUGUCCAAGAAUCCAACACAA